AUGGGGUGCUCCCGCAUACUCUACACCUGCCUCAAGCACGCCCUUCGAGACGACAACAUCAUCGAUCUACACGCCACCCCCGCCGCCUACGAGCUAUCCACUGACAUCUUCAUCCUCAAUCCCCCCACCACUUCCGGUCUCGAGCUCAUCAUCGGUUCCACCACCGCCGCCGCCUCCGGAGACCUCAACCACUCCCUGCGAGACUACCUCCACCUCAUCAAUCCCGAUCUACACUCCCCCACCACCACCAGAGACGACGUCUUCCUCGAUCCCGCCACCCAUGCCGGAGAGCUCUUCUACGCCUUGCUUGACCAGCAGCAGUUCGAUCCCUGUCUACCCGGUUUCGUCCUCUACGCCAUGCCCCGAGAGCAGCUCAUCGGUUCCGGUGUACCCCGUUUCCUCUUCGACGCCAUGCCCUGA